CAAUGAAGAUACUGAAGCAGAAAUCAUGUUGUGUACAAUCAGCAUUAAUCUCUCAUCAUCUAGGCAGGUACAAGAAAGUUAUACAAUGCUUCCGCUGUUUUUCAUGAUAGAUGUUAUUCUCCAAGUUUAAAAACUCACUUGUUACAAAAACAAAACUUUUUUUGCUUAUUGAUUAGCUUUUUAUGCAAAAAAGUGUUUGGACCCACAAACUGGGAAAGACCGACUUGAUUCCAUAGUUCCUAAAGAUGGACUCACUAGAUACAAAAGGGUUCUUUUUGUUCAUCUUACACCUUUCCCUUUCCAUUCCAAUCGUCCUUUCCGUUUCCCUUUCCAUUCCAAUCGUGUAUGCUUGGAGUGACACAAUCACUUCAGCUAUUCCAAUGAAAGACGGAAACACCAUAGUUUCCUCUAGCGGACUCUUUGAAAUGGGAUUCUUCAGUCCCGGGAUUUCAAUGAACAGGUACAUUGGCAUAUGGUACAAAAAUAUACCAACAAAAACCGUUGUUUGGGUCGCGAAUAGAGACACCCCUGUUCCUAACAAAUCCGGUGUUUUAAAGUUAACAAAUCCCGGGAUUCUCACCAUUGUAAACGACAAGAACACGAUCAUCUGGUCUUCAAAUACCUCAAGACCCACAAACAAUCCAAUCGCACAGCUUUUAGACUCCGGGAAUCUUGUUGUGAAAGAUAAAAAUGAUGUCAUCUGGCAAAGUUUUGAUUAUCCCGGUGAUACCCUUCUACCAGGAAUGAAGAUUGGGAAAGACUUAGUGACUGGGCAUGAGAAUUAUAUCACAUCAUGGAAAAGCGAUGAUGAUCCUUCUAAAGGAGAUUACACAUUCGGAUGUGAUCUUCGUGGGUACCCACAUCAAAUUAUUAAAAAAGGGUCGGUAAUCCAAUACCGAAGUGAACCCUGGAAUGGAAUUGAUUUCGGUGGGAUUUCCGUCCUCCCACAGAAUGCUAUUUACAAAUUUGAUAUGGUUUUUAAUCAAAAACAAGUGUUUUAUAGUUACAGAAUGAUAAACUCUUCCAUGAUAUCGAGGUUGACCAUGAAUCGAACCGGUGUUGCACAACGUUGGGUGUGGGCUGACCAAGUCAACGAUUGGGUUGUUUACUUUUCUAUCCCUACACCCGAUGGUUGUGAUUUGGUAUGUGGUGCUUAUGGUAGUUGUAGCACUAACAGCUUCCCGAAAUGUGGGUGUUUGGAUAAGUUUGUGCCAAAGUAUCAAAACGAAUGGAAUGGGGCAAAUUGGUCAAAGGGAUGUGUGAGAAGGAAGGCGUUGGAUUGUAAGACUGAUGGAUUUAUCAAAUAUACAAAUCUUAAAUUGCCAGAUCCACAAAAUUCGUUGUUUUAUGGGAAUAUGACACUUGUGGAAUGUGAGAAGUUAUGUGUGAAAAAUUGUUCGUGUAUGGCGUAUGCGAAUAUUUUGAAAAAAGGAUUUGGGUGUUUGCUUUGGACGGGUGAUUUGGUUGAUAUUCAAGCAGCUCCAUCUUAUACUUCCGAGAUAUAUAUCAGGGUAGCUUUUUCUGAAUUAGGUGUUUCAAGUUCUCUAAAGAAGAAGAAGAAGAAAAUAAUUCCAUUGAUCAUAGCAUUAGUUGGUGGGGUGUUCAUAAGCUUGGGUCUGGUGUUCUUUAUUUGGAGAAAAUGGAUUAGGAAGAAGUCGGUGCCCAAGGGAGAAGAUGAAGAUGUCGGAAAUGAUACUGAUCAACUUUACACCAAUGAAAGUCAAAAGGAUGAUCUUGAGCUGCCAUUGUUUAAUUUAUCAGAAAUAGCAAAAGCGACACAUAAUUUUUCGUUUAAGAAUAAGCUUGGAGAAGGUGGCUAUGGGCCGGUUUACAAGGGUGUUCUGCCAGAUGGAAAAGAAGUGGCUGUGAAGCGACUCUCAAAGACAUCAAAUCAAGGGCUUGAUGAAUUCAAAAAUGAAGUUAUUUGCAUAUCCAAACUUCAACAUAGAAAUCUUGUGAGGCUUCUUGGAUGUUGCAUUCAAGGAGACGAAAAGAUGUUGAUCUAUGAAUACAUGCCUAAUAAAAGCCUCGAUUACUUCAUAUUCGAUGAAAGUCGAAGAAAGUUACUUGAUUGGCCGGAGCGGUUCAACAUUAUGAAUGGAAUAGCUCGAGGGUUGCAGUAUCUUCACGAAGAUUCAAGAUUAAGAAUUAUUCAUAGAGAUCUGAAAGCAAGCAAUAUUUUGCUUGAUUUUCAUAUGAUUCCAAAAAUAUCUGAUUUUGGGAUGGCAAGAAGCUUUAUAGGAAACGAGACACAAGCAAAUACCAUGAAAGUGGUUGGAACUUACGGUUACAUGUCUCCGGAAUAUGCAGUGGAUGGAGUUUUCUCGGUAAAAUCAGACGUAUUUAGCUUCGGUGUUUUGGUGUUGGAGAUUGUUACCGGAAAGAAAAACAGAGGAUUCUUUCACCAUGACCACCAUCAUAACCUUCUUGGCCAUGCAUGGAUACUUUAUCAAGAAGGGAGGUGUGUGGAGCUCAUUGAUGCGAAUUUAAGUGACUCGUGCCAUUUAUAUGAAGCGUUGAGAUUAAUUGAAGUUGCUUUGUUGUGCGUUCAAAGAAAUCCGGAAGAUAGACCGAGCAUGUCUUCGGUUGUGGUGAUGCUCAGUAGUGAAAGUGAAUUGCCACAACCGAAGCAACCUGGUUUCUUCUACACGGAGCAUGACCCUAAAGAUGACACGUCAUCUAGCACCCAUGUACCAUCUUCAACCACUGCAAUGACCAUUACGUUAGUGGAUGGUCGGUAGAUGAAUGUAAAAGUUGGUUGAAUAUAUCAUAUAUGUUGUUUAUUAAUAUGUAAUGGAAUGAUCUUUAUGUUAGUAAAUGUACGUAAAAUUAUAGAGUAAGCUAUAGAAGUGGUCCCUCUUUUAUGCUAUUUUCUUUGGAUUGGGUCUAUGAAAGAUUUGUGGAGGAAAUCAAAAACUACUUACAAAUGAAAUCAAAAUCCAGAUAAACUGA